AUGCCCGCCGGAUCCUUACCACCUGUGGCCGCUCGCAUUUUCGCCCUUCUCAAGCGGUCAAUCGGCGCACAGGGUGCCAGGAAUGAGCUUCGAUGGAUGCAAGAAGCUCUCAAGAAGUCCCAUGCGACGCUCUCGGGCUCUGCGGACAUCGAGAGUAUGCUUCACCGGCGAGUCAGAGGCGAGCCCCUGCAGUACAUCUUAGGGACCCAGCCAUUCGGACCGCUCAAUCUCCUCACGCGCCCUCCAGUGCUGAUCCCCCGACCGGAAACGGAGGACUGGACCAUCAGACUGUCGGAGCGUCUCCUCUCGUGGCGCAGACAACCGGCAUCCCUGCUAGACCUCUGCACGGGCUCGGGCUGCAUCCCCAUUCUGCUCUGCCAUCUGCUGCCGGGCGGCUCCCUCCAUGCGACGGGCGUGGAUCUCUCCGACGCCGCGAUCCAACUGGCGCGGGACAAUGCGGCCUUGUGCGGCAUUGCCGUCCCUCCUGUACUGCCUGAGCAAUAUGGCAAGGUGAAGCGCAACACGUUCUUGCCUCUGCUAGGUAACAUACGCGCCCCCGGGUUCGUAGCAGCGUGCGGUCUGCGCCCGCCCUACGAUGUGGUUACGUCAAACCCACCCUACAUCACCAAGGAGGACUAUGACAAUCUGUCACCGUCUGUGAAGGACUGGGAGGACCCGCGUGCGCUGAUCGGCGACCCCGCCGCCGGCGGUGAGAUGGAGAUGCGCGAAGACGCUCGAGGGUUGACGUUCUAUCACACGAUCGCAGAUUUGCUCGCGAGCUCUACUCCGACGUUGUUGAAGAGUGACGGUCUCGUGGCGCUCGAGGUCGGGGAAGGACAAGCAAGCGCGGUCGCGGAGAUCAUGGAAAGAAAAGCGCAUAUGAAGAAUAUCGAGAUCUGGAAGGAUCCUUGGGACAAGGAGCGCGUAGUGGUAGGCCAGAAGUAG